GGUGAUCCGCGCGCGCCCUCCUCGAGAUGUCUGACGUCACCUCUGACUCGGCGCAGAGCCGCCGCUCGCCGCCCCCGCCGUCGCCGUCGCCGUCGAUGCCGCGCUUCCAGCAGCAGCCGAGCGGACGCCAGCCGCCCCAGCCCGGCGCCGACUCCUUCGUCUUCGGCGUCUUCGCCUUCAUCGCCAUCUGCUUCGUCUUGAUUUCACUCUCAGUCCCAUCAAGUGUUCUACAUCAAGUUCCUGAAGGACAUGUUGGGGUAUACUGGAGAGGAGGUGCUCUUCUGAAGACAAUCACCCCUCCAGGGUUUCAUCUGAAGCUCCCUUUAAUCACACAGUAUGAGCCAAUACAGGUUACACUUCAAACAGACCAGGUCAGAGAUAUUCCUUGCGGAACAAAAGGUGGUGUUAUGAUCAGCUUUGACAAGAUAGAGGUCGUAAACCGCCUCCGCAAAGAGUUUGUGCAUGAAACCCUACUCAACUAUGGUGUGCACUAUGACAAGACAUGGAUAUAUGACAAAAUUCAUCAUGAGAUUAACCAGUUCUGCAGUGCUCACAGUUUGCAGCAAGUUUACAUUGACAUGUUUGAUCAGAUUGAUGAAACAAUGAAAGAAGCUAUUCAAAGAGACUGUACACGCUAUGCUCCUGGAAUUGAAAUCAUCAGUGUUCGUGUUACAAAGCCAAAUAUACCUGGUAGUAUCAGAAGAAACUUUGAACUUAUGGAGGAGGAGCGUACAAAGGCACUGAUCGCCAUCGAGAAGCAAAAGGUAGCAGAGAAGGAGGCAGAAACACAGAAGAAGAUUGCGCUAUCUGAAGCAGAGAAGAACGCGCAGGUGAGCAAGAUCCUGAUGGAGCAAAAGCUGAUGGAGAAGGACAGUUCCAAGAGACAGGAGAAGAUUGAUAAUGAAAUGUACCUGGCACGAGAGAAAGCACUAGCAGAUGCAAACUACUACAGGAUUUUGAAGGAAGCAGAGGCAAAUAGGCUCAAACUGACACCUGAGUAUCUGGAGCUGAGGUUCAUUGAAUCAAUUGCCAACAACUCAAAGAUUUUCUUUGGUGAAAAGAUUCCUAACAUGAUCAUGGAUCAAAGGUUGCUCAAGAAUUACCUUGAUGCUGUUCCUAGGAAGGACCAUUAUGAAAUGUAGCCGCGGGUUCCGUGGGUUGGAAGCAGAAGUCUUUCUUUUUUGUGUGAUCCCACGCAGUAGAUAGGAUUACCGUGUAGCCGUCCAGUAUACUAGUAAGCCAGAAAGGAGUCAUCAGGAUCCUCUUGAAGAUGAAAUUAGCAGUCAUGAGAUCUUUGGCUUGUUUUGUGUAGUAGCAGCAUUAGGGCACCUGGAGCAUUCGCAUGUGACCGACAGUGAUGCAACCAGUGCAAAUCCUGUAGUCUUCAAAACUGAUGGUCAAGGCCGCUGGCCUCCAAACCCAGGUAAUCUCUUGAAAAGGAUCUGGGUUAUAAUUUUUGACUGAUGGGCAGAACAAUUUGUAGCACUGCUGAUGCCAAAGUUUUCUCGAUCAUAAAUGUGCAAGUUUGCUCCCUGACUU